GGGUGUAUAGAAGAGGAAGGCACAUAUCUGUACAUUUUUUGGUGCAGAGGUGCCAGUUAGACCCUGCAACGGCCAGUGUGAAUAGACCUCCAGAGAGCAGAUUUUUUUUUUCUUAUUUUCUAGUGGCAAAAAGAAUUGCUACCAAGUGUACCAUGGCAUGGUGGAAGGGCUGGCGUGAUGAAGAUGGCAGCUCAGUGAAAGGCACCCUGAGCUUUGACCCCACACCCGAUGCCCAAGUUCUGUAUAAAGCCAUGAAAGGACUCGGGACAGACGAACAGGCUAUAAUCAAUGUCCUCACCAAAAGGAGGAGCGCACAGCGUCAACAGAUUGCCAGAUCGUUCAAGGAACAGUUUGGACAGGAUCUUAUUGCCAGCUUGAAGUCUGAACUGAGUGGCAAGUUUGAGAGGCUCAUCAUAGCCCUUAUGUACCCACCAUUCAAAUACGAUGCCAAGGAAUUACAUGAUGCCCUGAAGGGUCUAGGAACAAGCGAAGGUGUCAUUAUAGAGAUCCUGGCAUCACGGACAAAAGUGCAAAUUAAAGAAAUAAUCAAAGCUUACAAAGAAGAGUAUGGUUCUAACCUGGAAGAGGACAUCAGAUCGGACACAAGUGGCUACUUCGAGCAGAUAUUGGUUUGCCUCCUUCAGGGCGAGAGGGAUGAUCCAAGAUGCUAUAUGGAUUCAGCAACGGUGCUUCAGGACGCACAGGCUCUUUACGCUGCUGGGGAGAAGAUACAGGGCACCGAUGAGAUCCAAUUCAUCACCAUCCUGUGCACCAGGAGCGCCACCCACUUGCUGAGAGUCUUUGAUGAAUACCAGAAGCUCGCCAGUAAAAGUCUAGAAGACAGCAUCCAGAGUGAAACCCAUGGCUCACUAGAAGAUGCCAUCCUGGCUAUUGUGAAAUGCACAAAGAACAUCCACAGUUACUUCGCAGAGCGGCUGUACCAUGCCUUGAAGGGGGCAGGCACUUGUGAUGGGACCCUAAUAAGGAUCAUCGUUUCCAGGAGUGAAAUUGACUUAAAUCUCGUCAAGGCUGAGUUCCUAAAGAUUGCAGGCAAAUCUCUCUCCACCAUGAUUCUGGAGGACACGAGUGGUGAUUACAAGACAGCCUUGCUGAAUCUCUGUGGCAGUGAUGAAUGAAGAAAUCUGAAGGGAAAAGGCAAGAUGUUGAAAUGGAGGCACGGAAACCGUUGGCAAUGAAUAAGUGUCUGGGAAUGGAUGUCUAGAAAAUCCCUAGCACUGAAUAAAUAGAAAAUGGAAAAUCUGCUUUAGAGGCUAAGAUUUUUAAAGGAAUCUAUGUGAUCUGGGUACCCAACAAAGAGCUGUUCAGGAAUUUUUCAACAAAUCAUUUUUCCCACAGGAAAAGGCCAAUUUGUCAAAGUUGAAACUGUUCACAAAACAGUGCCCGUUUCAACUCGAUAAUUUUUUAAUUUCAAAAUGAUCAAAACAUCCCAGUUUGACACUUUCUGAACAAAAGUUCUGGCGUUUUGGCUUGAAAUUGCUUUUUUGUUCAUUUUGAAAUUGGAGUAAAUUUCACCUCAAAAAAAGGUUUGAAAUCAAAAUGAAACAUCUUGGAAGGCUUCAGUGGGGCUGCUCCCGGGAAUAAGGGGUGCAGGAGUGGGUGGGUGCUGAAUUCAUCGUUACAAAACCAAUGGAGCUGAUUCCUCCCUUGCUGACACCAAUGGAAGCCAGGAUAACUCAGCUGAAGACAAGGGAGUUACAUCCAACUAGUGCGAGAUCAGAACUGGGCCCGAUAUGUUUCCUGUGAACACACGUUUAGCCACGUUCUGGUCUCAGUGGGCCUGAUUCUGCUCCCGCGUACGGAAUCGCUCCAUUUAUCUCUGUGAAGUUCUUCUGCCUUUACUCUGCUGUGACCGAGAGCACAAAAUGUGGCUCAGGAGCCAGACAGUGGCGCAGGGAGAACAAGAUGAAAUGUUCCUGCAAACUCUGUUUUGCUCUGACCAGCAGUUCACCCCUCGGCUCCUUCCUUGUUCC